AUGGCUACUCAAAGCACCAACGGCAACUCGACCCAGUCCCAGGGUAGCGGGCCCAAGGUCGCAAUCAUCGGUGCGGGGUUGACCGGUCUGAUCGCUGCGCAUGGUCUCAGGCAGAAAGGCUUUGAGGUUGCGAUCUUUGAGCGCGAUGCCAGCAUCGAUUCACGUCCACGUGACUGGAGCAUUCUCAUUCACUGGGGCAUGACGACUCUGAAAGAGAUGCUACCGGAACAUGUUCUGAAGAACUUUCCCAACAGCUUUUGCAAUCCUCACCUGGAGUUCAACGAAUGGGAUGAAAGUGUUCCUGGCUAUAGUGGCCUGACUGGCGAGGUCAUAUUCCGGAACCCAACUCCUGGCGCGAGGCGAAUCAGUAGACUUCGCUUUAGAAAGAUUCUGGCUGACGGAAUCGACAUUCAAUGGGGAAAACAUCUCGAACAAAUGACCGCGGGCAGCAACUCUGUCGACCUCGUUUUCAGAGACGGUGAAAGAUUCAACGCAGACUAUGUCUUGGGGACGGACGGUGCGUCUUCCAAAGUUCGCGAAUUGCUCAUGGGUGUCGAAGCUGCCAAACCGGUGCCGUCUGGCUACUCAAUUGCCAAUUGCGUUUGCAAGUAUGGCGAUGCAGAUAAAGUGAAAGCUAUCGUGGACACGCACUCGGUUUGUGCACUGAUGGUGGGCUCCAAGAACAUGGCCGGCUGCGGCGUCUGGUCUGUGGAUGAUCCUAGUGACUAUUCCACCUGGGAAACGUUCUGGGUCAAGUUGUGGUGCGGCCAUUCCGUCAGUCUCCAAGGCGAGGAAGCCAUCAAGUAUGCUACAAAAGACUUGGCGGGGAUAUGCGAGCCUUUCCGUUCAGCCUUAGAGUGGACUCCAAAGGACAGCCCGUGCUACCUCGACGAAAUGAAAUACUGGCUACCAAGCCCUUGGGACACAUACGACGGUAGAGUCACACUUGCCGGAGAUGCUGCUCAUCCCAUGUUACCUUUCCGAGGACAAGGACUACAGCAUGCAAUUAUCGACGUCGACAAGUACAUCACUGCGCUCACGCAGUUGAGAGCCGCCGGCAACACGAUCAAUCGGAAUGAGACCAUAACAGCAUACGGAGCAGACGUGGUUGAAAGGGGUUCCACAGCAGUUGCGCAGGCGCUUAAAGAGGCCGAAAAAGCGUUGGAUAUGAACACCGUCGGCAACAUGCUCAUGGUCACUCAGGGCCAUGGCAGAUCCGUGUGA